GCGAAAAUUGGAAACAAUAAACAUACAAUUUUCACCUCGUACUUUCCGCUCCCAAGCACACACUUACUAAGAGUACCACAGACAAAGCGCUGUUUGUUCACCUUGAAAUUCAGUGUUGGAAAGUGGGUACCUGCUGAAAAUAUUCUCUCCCCUGCAGCAAACCGUUCCGAAAAUGAAGCUGCUAGUGAAAACUCUCAAAGGAGAGAAAUUUGAGAUCCAUGCGGAAGAGAGCCAAACCGUUGCUGAUGUGAAAGGAAUCAUUGAAGCUACCAAAUCUGAGCUUUCGGCGGGUACCUUGAAACUGAUUCAUUCCGGGAAGGUUUUGAAAGAUGAAGACUCCAUCGCUUCGGCAGGCAUCAAAGAGAAUGAUUUCUUGGUUGUUAUGGUAACAAAAGCAAAGAAACCCGUUGCCGCCAAGCCUGCCGCCACCCCGACUCCCGUACCGGCGGCAACUCCCGGUCCUCCAGUAGCAGCAGCAGCAUCGAUUGAAACACCGGCGCCGACUGCGGCAGCCACUCCUGCUGCACCUACAAGAGCGGAUGAUGUCUCGGCCGAAGCUGUCGCUAAUCUCACGUCGAUGGGAUUCCCGGAGGCGGAAGUGAAGCACUGCCUUCGUGCAGCGCAUGGCAAUCCGGAUAUUGCGGUUGAGUUCCUCACGAACGGUAUCCCGGAAGGUGUUGCCGAGGCAGCGGCCGCCAUGAACACUUCGGCCGUAACAUCUCCUUCAGCGUCGUCCGAAUCAUCGUCUGGAUCAGGACAGCCGCUACAGGCCUUGCGGAACCACCCCCAGUUUAAUGAUCUGCGUAGACUCGUACAAUCCAACCCGCAGAUGUUGCAGCAAGUCCUGACUCAAAUUGGCCAACAGCAGCCCCAGCUUCUGCAAGAAAUCAAUGCCAACCAAGCACUCUUUUUGCAAAUCAUGAACGAGCCAGUGGAGAGCUCUGCGUCUGUUUCGGCGGCACCAGCCGUCAGCGGGUCCUCCGAUGCUCCAUCGUUGGGCGGACUCGAUUCUGGCGCUGCGGCCAUGAUGGAGGGUAUGGGAAAUCCCGCGCAAAUGGCACAAAUGAUUCAAGGCAUGAGUCCUGAAGAAUUGAAUCAGAUGGCGGCGAUGAUGGGUCUGUCCCCGGACCAACUUCGACAGACAGCACAGAUGAUAGGGCAAAUGCCUCCAGAACAGCUUUCGCAAUUCAUGAUGCAGGCUAUGGGAGGUGGAGAGGGCCCCGAGUCUAUGGGAGGGUCGCAGGUCUUGCGAUUGACCGAGGAAGAAAUGGCGGCUGUAGACCGAUUGGCAGAAAUGGGGUUUGAUCGUUCAGAAGCCGCCCAAGCGUUUUUGGCAUGUGACAAGAACGAAGCUCUGGCUGCCAAUUUACUGAUGGACUCAAUGGGUGAUGGAGGCGGAGCAUUUGGAUUCGACGGCUCGGGAAAUGGCAACGGGGAUAAUGGUGAUGGAGGCGAUGGUGACGAUAUGUAUGAUUGA